AUGGCACCAGCCAUGGUGGUGGAGCCUCUCGGGGACAGCGGCCGGCCGGGAGCCAGCGAGGGGUUCCGUGUCCACCUGACGGUGACCGAGGAGCUCGGCCACGGGCAGCACCGCAGCCCCUCGGUGCCGCUGCUCGGACCUCUCAGCCCAACCAUCCCUGUUGCCGCGGCUCAGCCCCAUCGAGCGUGCGUGGACUUGGCAAGCGCCGGCUGCCAGUCGAAGCUUGUUGGCGGCGCUCAGCCGUUUGCUCGGGAUGGGUGCCAGAUCCGGGACUGGCUCGGGAGCCUGGGGUCCAGGACAAGAGCCGGACCCUCGGCCCUUGCCAAAACACCGCUGCGCACCCCCAGAGCCAACGCCACCAGCGGACCCUGGGGACAGCGGGGAGGGGGCUGCACCCCCCAUAGGGACCCUGGGGACAGCGGGGAGGGGGCUGCACCCCCCCAUAGGGACCCUGGGGACAGCGGGGAGGGGGCUGCACCCCCUCAUAGGGACCCUGGGGACAGCGGGGAGGGGGCUGCACCCCCCCAUAGGGACCCUGGGGACAGCGGGGAGGGGGCUGCACCCCCUCAUAGGGACCCUGGGGACAGCGGGGAGGGGGCUGCACCCCCCCAUAGGGACCCUGGGGACAGCGGGGAGGGGGCUGCACCCCCGCAUAGGGACCCUGGGGACAGCGGGGAGGGGGCUGCACCCCCCCAUAGGGACCCUGGGGACAGCGGGCAGGGGGCUGCACCCCCCCAUGGGGACCCUGGGGACAGCGGGGAGGGGGCUGCACCCCCCCAUGGGGACCCUGGGGACAGCGGGGAGGGGACACCCCCGGUGCCGGCGGGGAGGGAACGGGGCGCGGCGGGGCGGAAGCCUCUCCCCGGUCCCGGGCGGGUGUCCCGGCGGCUCCGCAGCCGUUACCGGGCGGGGAGGGGCGGGGGGGAACCCCGGGGACCGCGGGUGCGGCCGCUCCGGGGCAGAACGGCCCAUCCCCGUCCCCAAGAGCGUUCCUGUCCCCACGGGCGUCCCCAAGCACCGUUUCUGGCCCCGUCCCCGUCCCCAUCUCCGUUCCUGUCGCCAUCCCCGUCCCCAUCAACUCCGUCUGUCCCCAUCCACGUCCCCACCUCCAUCUCCAGCUCCGUUCCUGUCCCCGUGCCCGUCCCCAAGUCCUUUCCUGUCCCCAUCCCGGUCCCCAGCUCCGUUCCCGUUCCCGGCCCCAUCCCUGUCCCCAUAUCCUUCCCUGUCCCUAAUUCCGUUUCUGUCCCCGUUCCCGUCCCCAUUCCCCUCUCCAGCUUCGUUCCUGUCCCCAUCGAGGUCCCCAACUCUGCUUUUAUCUCCGUUCCUGUCCCCAACUCCGUUUCUAUCUCCGUUCCUGUCCCCAUCGAGGUCCCAAUCCCCAUUCCUGUCCCCACCCCUGUCCCCAUCUCCGUUCCUGUCCCCAUCACGGUCCCCAACUCUGCUUUUAUCUCCGUUCCUGUCCCCAUCGAGGUCCCCAACUCCGUUUCUAUCCCCAUUCCUGUCCCCACCCCUGUCCCCAUCUCCGUUCCUGUCCUCAUCGCGGUCCCCAACUCCGUCCCUGUCCCUCACUCCGUUUCUGUCCGCGUUCCCGUC